UUGAAAUCUCCAAAACGUUUUUAGUCGGGGGAUUUCCAAAACGAAAAUUAUGAAACAAUAAGUACAAGAACCGUUGAUUUGGAAAUUCCCGCAAAAUAUUUACCAUUAUUUUUCUCUUUCCUUUUCAUUUGGCAUGCAUUUUUUGUAGCUUUUCUCCGCUUUAGAAAGGACACUAGCAAACUGUUAGAUGAUCAAACAUGAAAGGCACCAAUUUUCGGCUGUUUAAUGAAAGCAAAGACCGUGGAUUGGAUUUUCUUAGAUUUCUGUCUACAGAACAGAUUUCUAUUCAAAAUCAAGAGAAAGAGAAGAUAAAGACUGUUUAUAAUUCUGGCUACAAUGCUUACAGAAAACAGAUAAAACCAGAUGAAUCUCAGAUCCCAUUUCCAGUUAUUGUUAAAGCCCUGUUUACAAUGGGAAAGCUUCAUUUGCGAGAAAACAGAAUGUUUUCAGGAGAAGCACCUUUACAAUAUAUCAACUCCCAUCAGAAUAGGUCUCCCAGGCAGCAAAACAGUGCAUAUCAAAAUUUACCUGCACCAAAACCUUCAGAGAAUUCACACAGAAAAAAUGGUAAAAACCAAAAUACAAAGACGCCACCAGCCAGUGUCAAACAAAGGGGUACUGAAAAUCAAAACACAGAGUCAGGGGCACCUAAAAAAAGACCUAGAAACAGGAGGUUUAAACGAAAAUUUCCUGGUCGAGUUGCAGUUGAUCAGCAUCUUCUAAUAAAUAAAGAGUCUACAAGUGAAAGCGAUGCGGAGUCACCUGGAGAUGACACAUCACCAAACCAUAUCACUAAUGCUAAUACAUUUAAAGUUUCUGAUUUUGAUCUUUACACACGUAAGAUUGGAAAUAUCUUUGAAUGCAUUGCAUGCUUAGCAAAAUGUACAUCUAGAGAUGAAAUUGAACGUCAUUUAGAAGGGAAAAGGCAUAGACUUGGUGUAAUGACUUUUGAAUUGAAGAAAAGAAGAAAUGAAUUGGUUCAAGAUCAGAAAGGUAUACAGAUACUAAGUGAUGUCCCUUGUGUAGACAGUACUUUUUGUUUGACAAUCAAUGAGAAGGUUCCAAAGACGAUAGUUUUGUCCAUUAAGAAUAACAGUAGUGACAGUUGUGAGUUAGUCCACUGUGAAUUGCUGAAGCGGAUCAGAGUUUUCCAGUUAGAUGAUGACCAUCGUGUGACAGAAUCACAGGAGACUAUGAAUAUACUGCCAGGUGGGACAUAUAAGAUUAGAGUGAAAACAUCUGCCAAAAAUGUUGGUACAUAUCAUGCUCCAGUAGCUUUCCACUUCCACAGAUAUGAUGACCAAGAAUUCCAUAUCAUCAAAUUUCUCUCUGCAAGAUGUAUAAAUGAUAUUACAGAGAAUAUAAAGCCAAGUCUGCCAUAUAAACGGCAGUCAAGAAGAGCAUUACAAAGGUUAACUAAGGAAAUUGUAGCAGGCUAUCCUGUACCAAAACUUUAUGGUGAUAAUCUUAAAAGGGAAAUAGAGUUAAAGACUUACCUAAUCCCUGGUUCAACUCGCCUCUUAGUAAAUAAAGGAUUGAAAGACACAAAAGGCCUGACACAGGUGCAGAAAGUAGAGCUGACUGUUAUAAAAUCGGCUAUUGAGAAGCCAGUAGAACUUGGUAUUUAUGUGAAGAGAUUUCAGAAUUUGAUGCAUUUCGAAGAGAUACAAAUGGAAUAUGAUAUACGAAAAUAUGACCUUGAAAAUGUCCCAAUGGUGUUUUGUUCUGAAAACAGUAGACUGCUGAAACUAGAAGUUCCAGGAUUAGCAGAGAAUAGACCAUCUGUUUUGAGGGGAGACAGACUUUAUGUAAGAGUAAACAACAAUGAACACUUAGGUGACAAAGAGUACCAGGGCUAUGUACAUGAAGUAAGACAACUGGAGGUAGUUUUAGGAUUUGAUGAUAGUUUGAUCCAACGAUUCAUAGGGAACAUGAAGUUUAAUGUCAGAUUUGAGUUUAACAGAUUACCUAUGAGACUUCAGCACCGAGCUUGUGAACUUGCCAUAGAAGAAGGUCUGGAACAUAAAAUUCUAUUCCCUGACCGUAGGACUGUAUGUACAGAACAGACCUCUCACCCUGUAAAUGCACAGCUUAGGUAUUUCUGCAGAGCAAUAGAGGCAAAUGAGAAGCAACAAAUUGCUGUGAAACAUAUAACAUUAGGAACAUCUCGUCCUUCACCAUAUAUUGUAUUUGGUCCACCAGGAACUGGCAAAACCUUUACCAUAGUAGAAGCCAUAAAACAGAUAUGGAAAACCAAGCCUAAUGCUCACAUUUUAGCAUGCACACCAUCAAACAGCGCUGCUGACCUGAUAGCUGAACGUUUACUGGAACACAUUCCUCAACGAGAUAUACUCAGGUUAAAUGCAGCAUCUAGGAGUUAUAAUACUAUUCCUGAAAAAGUCAAGCCUGUUUGUAACUACAGUGCAGCCACUAGACAGUUUGUAUAUCAUACCAAAGAAGAUAUAAUGAAAUACAGGAUAAUUAUUUCUACCUUAGUGACUGCAGGAAGGUUAUCCUCAGCUAAUUUUCCCACAGGACAUUUCAGUCAUGUGAUUGUAGAUGAGGCAGGACAUGCUGUAGAACCAGAACUUUUGAUUGGUGUAGCUGGCAUCCUUAAUAUUGACCCCCAUAUCCCAGGUGGAUGUGGACAGCUGGUAUUAGCAGGAGAUCCUCAGCAGUUAGGACCAAUUCUUAGAUCGCCGUUUGCUAUAAAAUAUGGAUUAGAUAAAUCUUUGUUGGAGCGAUACAUGGUGGACCAAGAUGUAUAUGCCAAACCUUAUGAUGAGAGAAUAAUUACUAAACUUCUAAACAACUAUAGAUCUCAUCCUGACAUUUUAUAUCUACCAAAUAAAUUGUUUUAUGAUGACGAGCUAGUAGUAAUGGCUGACCAGAUUAUGAGGGAAAGCCUUUGUGAUUGGGAGAAACUCCCUAAUAAAGGUUUUCCUAUCAUAUUUCAUGGAGUCAUUGGUCAGGACAUGAGAGAAGCAAGAAGUCCUUCAUUUUUCAAUGCUGAAGAAGUUUCUGUUGUUCAUAGUUAUGUCAACAGUUUGUUGAAGGAAAAGAAACGAGGAUUGAAGAUAAAUUCAAAGGAUAUUGGCAUAAUCUCCCCUUACAGAAAACAGGUACAAAAGUUACAACAAUUAAUGAAGUCCAAAACAUGGGGAGAAAUACAGAUAGGAUCAGUGGAGGAAUUCCAGGGACAGGAGAAGAAAAUUAUAAUAGUUUCUACUGUCAGGAGUAACCCUGAAUACCUCUCUCUUGACAUGGACUUUAAACUAGGAUUUCUCAAAAAUCCAAAGCGAUUCAAUGUGACCUUGACCCGAGCUAAAGCUUUGUUGAUAGUGGUGGGAAACCCUGUCACUUUGUCACAUGAUAACAACUGGAAACAAUUUAUAAAGUACUGCCAGAAUAAUAAAGCCUAUGUAGGUGUAGAAUUUGAAGAUGAAGAAACUAUGGUUGAAGACAUAAUAGACAGAUUAAAUACCUUAGGACUCUCUGAUCCUAAACCUCAAGCAGAGUCGGAACCUGAAGAACCAGUUAUUAGUGUUGAAGAUUACAGUCAAUUUAAUGACCAGCCAUGGCGUUCUGAUUUAUAGACAGGAAAUAGGAAAAAAUCUAUAUAGGUAUAUGAGGAACAGAACAGAAAAGAAAGAAAAAACCAAAUAAACUCAUGCAAAUAAAAACUAACCUUUUAAAUACCCAUGAUGCAAUUAAGAUUGUGAGAUGGUAGAGGGUUAUAAAAGUUAUAUGAUAUACUUCACAACUGAAAAUGGCAAAAUGGCAUGCUUUUAUCCUUUCGUAAUAUAGUUUUUAAUAAUUCUAUGUGUUUUAUUUACUCGUUUUGAUUCAAUUUAUUUGUUUGUUCAUGUAAAAUUUAUGUAUAGUUUUUAGAGUCUCUAAGCAUUAUUAGUAAAAGUGUUUCUUCAGUUCUUACAGAACUUAGUGGUCUUUCAAUAAUGUAUUUCUUUAAUGAUUUUUAUUUGUUAUUUCAUUUUAUUACAUGUGUAAACAUUUUUUAUUAUUUGUAUAAGAACAGUCUAGUGACCAAAUCCUGAAUAGCGAUUACUUAAAGAAAGCUAAAAAUAGGGUUAUCUGAAAUGGUUUGAUCAAAACUAUAAAGUAAUUAUAAAAGUAGGAGAUAUAUGAAAUAUAAGUUUGUUACAGUUUAUGUACGAGGGUUUAAUGGAAUGUAUAUUGAAACUGAUAAAUGAUAAUUUUGAAAGUGACUGAAAAUAUAAAUGAAUUAUGUCUGUUUAUAAGAAUAGAUAUACAUGUAUAUAUAUUCAUGGACAGACAAUUUCUCUGACCUAGAUGGAAAGGCCGUUUUAAAGCAGUCAGCUUCUGAGUACUGUCUUGUUGACAUUUUAUUAUCUUCUAUUAAUUAUUUUUAAUCACAUUUUUACUAGUCAUUGUUUUUUGCAAAAAACAACAUGGUUGACUUUUAUUUAACAGGAGGCCUGAUUAGGGACACAAACCUGUAUCUUAUAAGAUUUGACUUUUAUAAAUGAAAUAUGAGACAGACCUUUUGAACUCAAAUUAAAUCAAUUCUGAUGCAAUAGUUUUCUUUACAAAAGUGGCUGCAUUAAGCUGUACAAUGUGUAACAAAUAUAAUGAAUUGUAUGUGUAAUAAUGUAAUUGUAUGUGUAAUAAUGUAAUUGUAUGUGUAAUAAUGUAAUUGUAUGUGUAAUAAUGUUGAUCAAAUCUACUUUCUUUAGAAGUCAAAUAUAUUUGAAAGUAGCAUGAUUUUUAAAUCAAAAAUAUAUUGUUACAUAUUGUUUCAACAAUGUGAGAAUUAAUUCAGUACACAUAUUUCUUAAAAACGUUGCUGUGUGAUAUGCUUAUUGUAAGUUAUUGUUGCAAGUCUUAAUUUUUAAUGAUUUCUUAAAGCUGAACAUUUUCAGUUUAAAUACUUAUGAAAUGGUAACUUUUUUUUUCAUUCACACAAUAUUAUAAUAUAUUUUCUUCCUCAUUAGGGUUAUUCUAGAAAAAAAAAUACUUGGUUGGUUGUUUCUUCAUUUUUGGGGAACUAUUUAUAGAAUUUCAAUAGUUUUCUGUAAAGUAUAAACAACAGUGAAACUGAUGAAACAACCCCCACCCUCCCUUCAAGGUUAAAACAAAUUAUGUGGAGUUUCAACCUUCCCAGGAAUUAAUUUCUGGGAAAGCCCUUGAUCCCUUUUCACAAUAUAAACCAUAUAAAUGAUACAUUUUACUGAAUGAAUUGUAAAUACCAAUUUGAUUAUGAAUAGAGAGUGAUUAUUUUUAUAACCAACGUUUAAUAUUUUUUUAUUCUGAUAUUCAUUUUAAAGAUGUUUUAUUCAAAUUAUUUUUGUAUGAUAAAACAUUUUGUGUUACAUAUUUUUUUUUUUACACUUGUUCAUUUUAACCACUGUUUUAUGUGUGAUAUAAGAAAUUUUAUGGUUCUAUGAUAUUUUGCAUUUAAUUUUUUUGCUCUUAUUCUUAUAAUCUUUUCAUUGUUGUAUUUUUAAACCAUUUCAGAAACCAUUGCAUAAAAUAUAAAACUUACUGAAAUGCCUAAGUUACAUAUAAUAUGGAUUGUAAAUUUAGACUGAAUAAGGAGUUCAAUAUUUUGUAGUUCAGAGACAGCAGUUUUAUAUUUGAAGAUUCACGGGUAUCAAAUUGUUGGUUAUUGAGUUUAUUU